AUGAAGGACGAGUGUCACGUUUGCAAGAGCGCCAAGACAGAAGAGAAGGAUGCUGCGACUGUACCCGAUGGAGUAGUGUGGAUAUGUCGAUGUGUAAAAGUUGACGGUACCGACUGGGAAACGGUCUGUAACGAUCUCCACACAGUAAAGUUGCUAGUGAGGCAGUUGUCGCUAUCGGUCGAGUCGUCAGAUUUGCAGCUUUGGCAGGCAUUAUCUUGUGGAGUACUCAAGAAACUUACUCGUCAAAAGGAGAAGCGGGUACGAAACGAGCGUUGGAAACACGAGCUUGCUACCAGUGGCGUAUUGAAUUAUUCCAGUACUUUGAAGGUAUUACGGCCUUCCUUGCGCAAACGGAAGCAGAUGAAUCACGCGAACAUUGAUGAGGAAGAAAUUGUGGCGGAUUCAGACAACAGCACUGACAAUGCCGAGGACGCAUUUGAAGACAAACCUGACGACGCGUCGACAGUGAAAUAG